CGCCCGGGCCCGCCAGGCUGUGAGGGGCGCGGGGCAGGCCGGGAAGGGCGCGGGGCAGGCCGGGAGUGCCCGGCACUGGGCACCGACACCGACACCGACACCGACGGCAGCACCGGCACCGGCCCCGGCGGGAUGUGGUACGAGAUCCUGCCCGGCAUGGCCAUCAUGGGCGUCUGCCUCAGCAUCCCCGGCAUGGCCACCGUCUUCAUGCACCGCUUGUGUCACGGCGGCAAGGAGAAGAGGAUCGCCCGCUAUCCCUACGAGUGGACCCUGCUGGAAAGGGACCGGCGGCUGUCGGGUGUCAACAAGCACUACGUGUCCAAGGGUCUGGAGAACAUAAACUAAGGUGUCGACGCUUUGAAAAAUUCAUGUAUCUAUAGAAAAUGGUUUAAAUAAAGCUAUACAUGUG